UUCAUUUUCGAUCGUUAAAUAACCUCCCAUUCCAACGGGUAACAGAAUUCAAUAGUAACGCAAGUGUGGGGCUGGCUGAUCAAGACCCGUAGAAUGCAGGUGGGAAAAUCUCCCUUUACUUUUAUCAACGGAACUGAAACCGUCCCAGUUCGGUACAAGUGGUUCUUCGUAUCGAUCGAUUGAUUCCCAGCUUCUGACCGCGAUUACCGUUCAGGCAGACUAAUAAUAAUAAUAGUGAAAAAAAAUACCAUCAUAAUAAUAAAUACCACUUCAAAAUGUAUAAUUCAAACGUGCGAUUGGGAAAUUGGAUGGAGGAUAUUGCUCUUUCGGAGGAGGAGGUGAAAUUAUACAUCACGAAGCGAGAGCGAGAAGAUUUGCUGGUACAACACACGAGAAAAGUAUUUGCAAAUGUAUUUCGAGAGGUGCAGCUGGCAAAACCAGGGGACUUCAUAACUUUUGGUAGUUCGGUGCAGCUCCGAGCACCUGAUAUGCCGGGCUUCCGACCCCAGAGCAAACACAAAAAUUACGGUGUUGUUCUUGCCGGCACAAUGAACGAACGCGACAUCGACAAGGUUCACCAUUUCUUCGACGGGUGUUGCUUAGUUUGCUCCCCGGUAUUGACGCCGCCCUGCGUCAGAAAUACAUUCGUAAUCAAAUCUGCGGAUUGUCAAAAUCGAGAUGGUCACAAUCUUAAAUUUGGACAAGAAUUUCUUCUUCAGCUAAUCGAGUCAGGUGAAGAACCCCUCUACGUUAGGGCCGAAACUCCUUGCGUGGACGCACCGCACGGACCACUGGGACAUAAUCCGGUAAGACUGAGCAACCGAGCAGACUGUUAUUCCAAGUGGAAGGUUUUAUACUGGGAUCCUAAUAUGAGGUUUGAGACCGAAGGUGCUCCGUUUCCACCCUCGACAAGACUCGACAGGGUGGUCAUCGGUCACGUGAUGACGGGGCUCUGCUUGGCCGUGGAGUAUUCCGAGUGGUAUUUGACCAUCUUUGGACCGGAUUGCGGGAUAUCUGUUCACACUUACGCCGACGUUCAUAAAAGAGAGACCGCCGAAUGUUUGUGGAUGUUCGUCACCGAUAAUAUAUCUUCGGAAAACGCCGAUUGCCCCGAUUCGAAACAAGUAUGAACCAAAAUCUUCGGCUGUAUGCAUGAAAAAAUACAACCACUUCUCUUACAAAAUAUCUACGGACAUCUAUG